GGUCGUUAAUCUGCUUUCUCCCCCGAAGCAAACAGUGAUGCACCCGUAAAUGUAUGGAUCGGGUGUAGCCAAUUCGGAAUUCCUGCCAAUCUGAGCCCACGAAUAUUCCGAUCGGUAGUCCAAUCGCCUGGCCGGGUCCUGUCACUGGACAAUUGUCGCAGAACUUCCUCGACUCUGUAUGGCAGACCCAAGUCCCGACAACGACAGAUAGGGCGGUGAAUAAGCUGCUGUAAGCCUGUGGGGGAUUGACCCUUUUUGACGUAUCCUGGUAACUAUUUCGAUUCUUCCUGGAAAAGAUCAUACUCGCCGGAAUUGUGCGACGAAGAACCCACCCGUAGCUUCGUUUUGGCUUGGACAUGUCCCGUCUUGAUUCUGGCGGCACUGACGACGAGGACAACAUCUGCGACCUUUGAUUUCUCUUCUCUUGUCUCGAUCGCUCCGAUGCACUUGGCUGGCUUAGUGCCAGCGCUCCGAUCAUGGUUCCGCAAGAUAAUAUAACCGCGCCACCCAUGUGCGCCCCUGAGGAAAAGAGUGGUCUAUCCGCUGCCGCCGGCGAAUUGAACGACCAAGUUUCUCGCGAGGCCAGCCGCACGGCACCGCCUAGCCAGACUCCUGCGUCUGCUGAUGACAACCAGGCUGCGGAUGUAGAUCAGGCCAAAUUGGCCAUACCGGUGCAAAAACGGAGGCGAGUAACUAGAGCUUGCGAUGAAUGCCGACGGAAAAAGAUAAAAUGUGAUGGCAAACAGCCCUGCACGCACUGCACCGUUUAUAGUUAUGCCUGCACAUACGACCAGCCCUCAAAUAGGAGGAGAAACCCUGCGCCACAGUACAUAGAGGCCUUGGAAGCUCGAUUGCAAAAAGCAGAGGCCCUUUUGCGUGCGGUUCUCCCGGACGUCGACUUGGAUGACCCAUCUUUUGAUGCUAGCAACGUGGGGGAACUUGUCUCAACUCUUACGAAGGCCAAGUCUGAACCCAACCCCGAACGUGAGCGGAAAGAGUCGUCUUCUUCCGAGCAUUGUGACGAAUCGCUUUUAGAGUCAAUGGUGGACAACACCGGUGCUCUCGACCUCGACGACCAAGGCCAUUGGGACUAUCACGGCCAAUCGUCAGGUCUCAUGUUUGUCCGCCACUUGAGAAAGCAAUUCGGGAACCUUGUCCCCGAGCGUACUCCUUCUAAAUUCCAACAAAUAUCCCAAAUACUAGAAAGCGCCAAAUCCUCUUCAGAAUCACCCAUCGACACGUAUAUGUCUUUGGCGCACGAUUUACCUCCUCGGGAUAUUGCCCGCAAGCUCUGCGAUAAUGCCCUUGAAGAUGCAUGUAUUGUCCUACGUUUUAUGCACAAACCCACAUUUUACGCAAUGUUUGAUCGAAUUUACGAUACCCCUGCGGAACAAUAUACGAACAAGGAAAACACUUUUUUGCCGCUGUUAUAUCUUGCGCUUGCCGUUGGUUGUUUAUUCCGAGGCGUGGGUGAUAGCACCCUUGAUAAGUCCGGGUAUGAGCCUGCUGUAGACCAAGGCUUUCAAUACUUUAAAGCGGGCCGUCUUCUUCUUGACAUAACGGAAUGUCGCGACCUCACAUCCCUUCAAGCGAUCUGCUUCAUGAUUCUCUUCCUUCAAGCAUCAGCCAACAUCAGUACUUGCUAUUCAUAUAUCGGAAUCGCCCUCCGAGCGUCACUCCGCCUAGGCCUCCAUCGUUCUGUUUCGGCGAAUUUCAACCCUGUGGAAUUAGAAUCGCGCAAGCGUGUAUUCUGGGUUGUGCGAAGUAUGGAUAUCCACGUUAGUACGAUUCUAGGGCUCCCAUGGAUGCUGAGUGAAGAUGACAUCGACCAAGACCCGCCGCUUGGAAUUGAGGAUGAAUAUAUAACCCCAGAAGGAAUUUUGCCGGUACCCCCGGGCUCCGCCUCCCUCAUGGCUGGGGUAAAUGCGCACAUACGGCUAGCUCAGAUUUUACUCAAGGUUACAAAAUACAUAUACCCAGUGAAAGCGGCAAAUCUCGGCUCGAGCCAUACCUACAUGGUCAGCCAUUCUAAAAUACGUGAAAUCGAGCGUGAUCUUCAAGACUGGAAAGAUGACCUUCCUGAGUCUCUUAAGCCUGGCAGUGAGGCGUCCCCUAAAGUCGAUAGGCUGAGGCAGCUGUUACGCAUCAGCUACGCGCAUGUGCAGAUGGCAAUGUACCGGCCUUUUUUGCAUUAUGUCAGCGGGGGCUCGCACGGCCGCGGAAUCGAUAAACGCUCAUAUGCCUGUGCGGCCGCAUGCGUAAGUGUGGCCAGGAACGUCGUUCAUAUCACGGCAGAGAUGAAAAAGAAGCAGCUUUUGAAUGGUUCAUAUUGGUUUACGAUGUACACGACGUAUUUCGCCAUCUUAUCUUUGCUUUUUUUCAUACUAGAGAACCCAGAGUCUGCCAGCGCUAAGGAUGGCAUUCUGAAGGAUGCACUUGAAGGCAAGAAUACAUUAGCAGGACUCGCAAAGAGAAGUAUGGCGGCAGAUAGGUGCACACAAAGUCUCAAUGCUAUUUUCAAGCAUUUACCGGAGAGGCUAAGAAAUCGGCGCGCCAACGUGCCAGUACCAAUAAAUCGAAAACGACCCCAACCAGCAGCUUUGCAAACUACCUCUACGCCCAAAUUGGCCGGCACUCUUACGCCGCCGAGCAUACAAAAAGAGACGGAAGGGCUGCCAUUCAACUCGGUAAAGAGGUCGAAUACAUUCCCAAUUCAAGCUACUGCAAAUGCUCAAAAACAACCGCAACAAGCCAUGGUUCAAUCCCAUAUCGACGAAAGUAAAGCUACGUCUUCGCAAACUUUGUCCCAAUCUCCCACUACAGUGCCACAACCCACGUCGAUAUUACCUUCUACGUCAGACAAGGAGACAUCCCAAAUAUCUACCCCAUCCUCUCCACUGUCCGCCGGCCAACAAGCCCAAUCAACUCCCCUGAAGCAGCCGAUAUCGUUUUCUCCGCCGUUCGAUAACCCGAGUCGUCUUCCGGACUUGAUGCCGAUGAUGUUCCCAUCGGAUGACCCAUUUGCGUAUCCGAACCAACCAAUGUCCCUCCUGGAGGAUGCGCAGUUCAAGCAGGAUUCUAUAGAUGUUUCGAGGCAAUUCCCCUUCCGACCCGGUCAUACAAUGUCCACGGGUCUCGAGGCCAGCACUCCAACUCGAACGACCGCCUCCUCUCCGGGAGGCUUCAUCAACCCUCCUAAUUUCUCUGGAUUUUCCAAUCAGGAUCUCAGCAACCUGACUGGCAUGACUUCUCGACCCAAGGGACUGAGCGGAUUCCCCGCGCGGCAUGAGCGACGACUCUCAGAGUCGGGACCGGACGCUUCCGCCCCAGGAUACUUGGAGAACCCCGAUCUCGUCACAAUGCCCGGACAAGCCUUCCUGUGGCAGAACCUCGGGACUCAGGGACCAGGCAGCAAUUUCUUCCCCCAUUCGGCGUCUGAGGACACGUUCACCAACGGCACUGGCGACUUUAGUAUGCCGAUGGAUAUCGGCAUGGUUGGGUUCAAUACCCUGGGUAUGGGAAUGGGACUCGGCUCGACGAUGGGCUACGAUAAUCAAUUUGACAAUGCGGGAAUGGACAGCGUCUCUGGCCUGAAUCCGGACUGGGUCCAGUGGAGCAGCUGGCAUAUGGGCACGGAAGGAGAGGGCUGA